UUGAUUUGUGUUCUCCUUCUGACUGCACGGAAACAAAUAAAUAACCGGUUAAAACAUUCGAAUAUACAUUAUUAAUUCAACAAUGAAAUUUACAACACAAAUGCCGAGAUCGUGCGACACCUUUGUCGUUCUGCCUCCUCUGACGAAUAGAAAUGUAGUAAUAUUUGGGAAAAAUUCUGAUCGACCACAGAACGAAGUCCAAGAAGUCGUGCUGUCAACGGAUCGAACUCGAAAUUCUAAAUUGAAGUGCACAUAUAUAACAAUAGAUGAGAGUCCAAAUCCUUUGAAUAGUGUAAUUUUAAGUAAACCGGCAUGGAUGUGGGGUGCUGAAAUGGGUGCUAAUGAUAAAAGUGUAGUUAUUGGCAAUGAAGCAGUGUGGACUAAUAACAAUGAAGGAGACGGUGAUGCCAGACAGAAACGUCUUCUCGGCAUGGACUUAGUUCGAUUAGGUCUCGAAAGGGGGAACAGUGCGGAGGAGGCAUUAGAUGUGAUUACGUCACUGCUAGAGAAGUAUGGCCAAGGUGGACCAUGCUCGGAAUAUGACGAUAGCCACUUCUAUCACAACUCUUUCCUCAUCGCUGAUUGCAAAGAAGCGUGGGUGCUAGAGACUAGUGGGAAACUGUGGGCCGCUGAGAAGAUAGCUUCAGGAUACAGAAAUAUAUCUAAUGGUCUCACGAUAAAGACGAAAAUUGACAAACAUUCAGAAGGAUUAUUCGAAAAGGCCGAGUGUAUGGGAGUUUGGGAUGGAAAGGGAAAGUUUGACUUCUGCAAUGCUUUCUCCUCGGGUGGUGAUGAGCAACGUCAACAAGAAGGGGAGAGGUUGUUAAAAGAAAGUUCUGCAGCAAAUAAUUUCGAUGUGAAAGACAUGUUCAAUGUGCUGCGUCACAAAGAGAGUGGAAUCUGUCGAGCGUGUGACGACACAUUUCCCACCCAGGGUAGCCAGGUGUCUUUGCUAUCGUCAGACAUGAGCGUGCACUGGUUCACCGCCACCCCUGACCCAAGCAUCUCUUAUUUUAAACCUUUCGUAUUUACGCCAAAUGCUCAAGUCUCAUCUCAUACGGAGAGUCCCAAAGAUCCGAAAAGGGAACACAAUUUAUACAAACUUCACACCGAAAACGUAGCGAAAUCGAAUAAUGAUAAAGUAACCGAGCUCCUUCGUGAAAUCGAAAAUGGCUGCCUUUCCGAAAUCGCUGAUUUCAUCCAGAAAUAUGCAAAGAAGGAGAAAACUGUCAAUGAACUUGACGAUUUGAUGAAGAAAUGCGUCGAAAAUGAAAUACAAAUAAUAACAUCAAGUUAAGUAGAAGGUAAUCUCGUAUUAUACUUUCGUUUUAAUUUUCGGCCUACCGUUGCUAGCAUUAAAAAUAAUAAAGUCGACUUAAUUUACAAUAAACAUCUCGUAGUUCGUAUUUAGUUUUAUAAUGUUGCCACAUUAACGAUAAUUUAUUAUACACCUCUUUUCAUGAUAUCGUGACAUCAACCGCGCAACAUAGAUAAUGUUUCAUUUUCUACCUAAGUUUUUAAAUAUGGUACUGAGUUUUGUGAUGGGAAUCAUUUUGAUACUAGAAAUUCAGUGUCAUCCGUAUACGUUAUCCAUGACCAUAGCAUUUCGGUAUUUUAAUCUCAUUUAAAUGUAACCAUUCGUUGAGUUUCACUUUUGGACUCAGUGUGUAAGGAUUUUCUACUAGGGGCUUAAUGAAUAUUUUGAAAAUCGAAGUGAGAUUUAUUCGCCUUAUCGCAUGCUUUAUCUUAUAAACAAAUAAUAUAUUAAAAUAUAUUUAUUACAUCUAGUUACAAAGCGAUAAAUACUUUAAUAAUAAUAGGAGUGCCAUGUUUCAGAACUUUAAAUAUUAUAUCGUUAGAUUAGUCAAAUAUAUAUUCAAUCGUGUUUAAGCAAGUUUUUUAGCUUUUUUGUCAUUGAUGUUACUUAAGCUAAAAUUGUGAAAAAUGCUUAUAAAUAUUCAUAAGUGUCGUCGGGGAUAGAAAAUACUUAAAGACAAAAUUAAAUUCCAGCUCCUUCGAUAUUUAGACAACUUUAUUAUACAUUUUUUUUUAUGUAUACGUACAUAUAUAAUAGAAAAUGUUGAAUAAAAAAUAAUUUGUAUAAAUAUACAAGUUUUGUUUGUUACUUUAAACUAUAUUGAUUUUGUUUCAUAUUCUGAACUAAAAUUAUUUGCUAGUAUUGAAUUACUAGCUAUUUUUAGAGAUAGUUUGCCAAUAGAAAUGAAUUUGUCUGAAUAUGUAGGUAAAGCUGAUUAAUAAUAUAUAAUGAAGCGUUUCCACUGAAAUAAUUGGUAAUAUACGAGCAUGCCACCGACAUCAACAACAAAUAUACAUAUGUAUAUAGUAAAUAUAUAUUUCACUAUCGUGUGUAGUCGACUUUCAAUCGCCAAUAUUUCUCUAGUGGAAACGCAGCUUUAGGCUCAGUUAUCAUAAGGAUAUCUUAUCGUUAUCUCAAUUAUACUUAAAUUGUUCACUUAAAUUAUAAAUAAAAUUCGACACUGUGAUAUAUAAGCAGCAUGCUAGUUAUAUUUUUUCAUAAUAAAAGACAAAAUAAAUUUAAAUAUAAAGACAGGUUAUUUACGAUCAAGCUUAGGUCUAAGUGUAAAGGUGGCAAACUAAAAUGUAAGGGAAUAAAUAGUACUGAGGUAUUAAAGACAGCUGCCUUAAAAUAAUAUAAAAUCAUCUGUGUAUUAUUUUAAGCGAAAUGACUAAUGAGCUUGUAAUGGAAUUUUAGGAUACAUUGAAUGAUUGUUAUUUAAAAUGUUUUUUAUCAGAAUAUAACGCACGAGCUUUGCUUUCAAGAAUCCUCAUUAAUUAAAAACCGACAAGUAUUCCUAAGUUAUUUAUUAUUAUGUAUACAAUUAAAUUAUUUGCACAAACCAUCUUCAAGAUUCAAAUUCGAUAAUAAAUUUUUAAAUUUGACUCGUUCACGUUUUUUACAAUAAAUCUAUUAUUAGUCUAAUUCAUAUAUUGUUAUAUAAUUUGACGUGUGCCUUAUGUAAAUUACAUAAUUAUAGGUCAAUGUCACACGCAGAGGCUAAAGUAUUAGCAGAAUAGUAAAGCUAAGAAAAAUGAGGCUUAAAUAAUAAAAAAAUAAUUAAGUAAUUAUUUAUAUUAGAAAAAAAAAUAGUUUCGGUGCUAGGUUUUAUUUUUUCUAUUGAAGUUUGAAGGGUUUUCGUUUUAAAAUAUUAUUAGAAUUAGAAUAAAUGAAUAUAAUCAUUUCAGUGACAUUGGAUUGUGUGCUAUUUUUGUGUUCGUUUUGAAUUUUUUAUUUCCAUAUUCCAUAACUACUAUAGUUGAGUUAUUAUUUUCACCUUCGACUUGUACGUGUUAGUCAUGAUUAAUAUUAAUGCAGUCGACAGCCUAAGAUUCUAUUUAAAGUUGAGAAUCGAUACAAGACAACCAAGGCCUGCUAUACACGGUUCUGUAGUAUUUUAUGAUGUUGUUAAUAAAUACGGAUCGAUACCAUAGAGGGAAAUUAAUCGUGCGAAUGAGCAACGAGACACUUUCCCUAACAGCUCCUCACUUAAGCUAUUUUACAUGUGGCACUUAAGUGUGGUAUUGACCUUAAUUUGAUUUAUAUAACAAAGGAUAAAUGUAUUAGAAAAACAGUUGUUACUAAUUAAUAAGAAUUGUCCGUUAAACUGUACAAACAAUGUAUUAUUUUCUUUUAAAUGUGCAAUAUUAUGUUAUAUUGUUGAAAGCUUUACAAUUAUUUUUUUUAAUUCAAUGCUAUUACAUUUUGUCAC